AUUAGGUAACCAGUCGGCAUUCCCUUUUGAGAUAGCAAUCCAUCACCAGGCAUUCACGAUGCCUCAACUUCAGCCAUCUCUAGCGUUUCAGUGCCUCUACCCUCCGGUCUACGCGCGUUCAAGUGUGCAAAUUGCCUUACGUCCCAAGAUUGAAGCUGAUCAUACCUCAGAAGACUUGAAGGCUAUAUAUUCAGCACGAAUCCGACGAUGAAUCUCAACAUGCUGUUCUGUACAGAUCAAUGCAAUCACAUCACCAACCGCAACAACCACAACACCUUACUUCUCCUCACAUCACCUCACAACUCAUCAUGACGAGCUCACUUGAACUCACUCCCCUGACCAUGGGGCCAGGCAGACUAUUCCUCAACUCUCAGUUCUGUGCCACAGUCCGAACACCACCAAAGGACCUCUCCCUCUCCGGGAAGACGGCUAUCGUUUCUGGAGCCAACAUCGGGCUGGGCUUCACUGCCGCGCGCCAGCUGCUCGAUCACAAUCUCUCACGCCUCAUCAUCGCCGUUCGAUCCGCUGAAAGGGGAGAGGCUGCCGCAAAGACCCUGAGAGAAAGUCAUCCCGACGCUACGGUCGAGGUCUGGUCUCUAGACAUGCUCUCAUACAAGUCCAUCCAGGACUUCGCCAACCGCUGUUCCACCUUGCCCCGGAUCGACUACGUCAUCUUGAAUGCCGGCAUGGUUCAGGAAGACUUUAGGCUCUCGCCGGCAGGCCAUGAGCAAGUCUUCCAAGUGAACUACUUGUCGACUGCGCUCCUCGCCAUCCUUCUCUUGCCAGUCUUGAAGUCCAAGAAAGCCUCAGACCAGCCGAGCAGAUUGACAAUCGUCAACUCGGGCACCGCCUUUAUGGCUAAGUUCCCGGAGCAGGACAAGACCCCUAUGAUACCUGCAUUCGACGACGAGAAGUCUUUCAAUGCAACGGAUCGGUACUCGACGUCGAAGCUCUUGGGUCACUUCUUCAUCAUCAAGCUCGCCGAACACGUCCGAAGGGAAGAUGUCGUCGUCAACCUCGUCGACCCCGGUCUCUGCAAAGGAUCAGGACUUCACCGCCACGUCGGCAGUCUCAUCAAAACGAUAGCGGAGGUAGGAAAGAGCUUGACGGGAAGAACUCUCGAAGUCGGGGCGUCAACAUACCUUGAUGCCGCUGUCGUUCGAGGAGAAGAGACUCACGGAAGCUACUUGAUGGACUGGAAAAUCUUUCCCUUUGCCAACAUCAUCUAUACACCACAGGGCAAGACCGCUCGAGAGCAAUUGUGGGAGGAGACUUUACAGGAAUUGGACUUUGCCGGGGUGCGCUCGAUCCUUCGCUCCAUGCAGUAGGACUCGCGAUAAGGACCUCGCUUCCUUCCGGGCCCUUUUGCCCCGUCAGCCUGGGACUUUGCAUUACCUGGGGAACAUGUUGGGUCGUAUGCAGAAAGUCUAAUUGCUGAUUGAUGCAGUCGCCUCGGAUGGAUGCAAUAGUUUCUGGUGUCAGUCUGCCUGCUUUUGUUGCUGCGUUUCCGAUUAGGUGUAUUGGGUGGAUGGGCUUCGCUUAGAUAUCUCGCAU